ACAAGAGAAUAGUUGAACACUUUGAAUCACAAAUGCUUACCGAACGAGCAAUCAGUCCACGCAUCACCUCGUCAUCAAUCAUCAAUGGCGGACAACUUGGCAAACCCAGGGUCAUCACGUCGUCAGCUACCGGAGGGCACCAGACCUGGGGGCUGCGACGAGCUGGAUCCAGAUGUUGCGGGCGGCGGAGACGCCGGAUCAGGCCGCCGCCGGGGUCAAGUCUUCAGUGAGCGAUGGGUGACCGGGGCGUGGUUCUUGGGGAGAACGAAACCGGGAGAGGCGGCUCGGUGGUGAGGUUCGAUGGGAGAAGUGAAGAUGCUUGUAUUGUGUGCGUGCGGAUGCAAGACAAGUCAGCUUCGUUUGGUAUCUAAUCUCCUCAAUAAGAAAGAACAUAUGUGGGCAACUGGACCUCAAAAGGUAAUCAACGGUGAAAGAAUACUAGCGGAGGCCGCCCCCUAGUGGGCAACUAGCGGCCGGAGCGCAAAGCAGCAGCCAGGAGCAGGGGCAGUCGAGAAGGAAAGGAAGCCAUGGCUGAAGGGCUGCUCACCGCCGACUCAGCGCGAUCCCUCGUCGACUCCGUCGACGCCUUCCUCUUGGAUUGCGAUGGGGUGAUUUGGAAGGGGGACGAGCUCAUCGACGGGGUCUCGGAGACGCUGGAGUUGCUGCGGAAAUUGGGCAAGAAAUUAGUUUUCGUAACAAACAAUUCUAGAAAGUCAAGAAGGCAGUAUUCAAAGAAAUUCAAAUCACUUGGGCUUGAAGUUACUGAGGAAGAGAUCUUUACAUCGUCAUUUGCAGCAGCCAUGUUUUUGAAGUUAAAUAGUUUCCCUCCAGAAAAGAAGGUUUAUGUUGUUGGUGAGGAUGGCAUUUUGGACGAGCUCAAGUUAGCAGGUUUUGAAUGUUUCGGUGGUCCGGAGGAUGGCAAGAAAAACAUAAUGCUGGAGGCAAACUUCUACUUCGACCAUGACAAAAGUGUUGGAGCUGUAAUUGUUGGACUUGAUCAGCACUUCAACUAUUACAAAAUGCAGUAUGCAAGCUUGUGUAUCCGUGAGAAUCCAGGUUGCCUUUUCAUUGCGACCAACCGUGAUCCUACUGGACAUAUGACAGCUGCCCAAGAAUGGCCAGGCGCUGGAACUAUGGUUGCUGCAGUAAGUUGCUCGGUGCAGAAAGAGCCCAUUGUUGUUGGAAAGCCUUCAAGUUUUUUGAUGGACUUUCUUUUGAAAAGCUUCAAUUUGGAAACGUCCAGAAUGUGCAUGGUUGGUGAUAGACUAGACACAGACAUACUAUUUGGCCAGAAUACUGGUUGCAAGACGCUCCUUGUUAUGUCUGGUGUGACUACCUUGCCAGAACUUCAGGAUGCUUCAAAUGACAUCCAUCCAGAUCUUUACACGAACUCCUUGUACGAUCUCGUUCAGUUACUACAGCAAUAGUCUUGGAGCAUUGCAGGUGCAGUUUGAGUCUCAACUACAUUGCUGGUGCAGUUUGAGUCCUGAGUACAUUUCAAUUUCAAAACAAAACAUAUAUUCUUCCUAGCAUUGUUAAAUCUUCAGAUUUGACAAUGGAAUCAACUUGUUAAUCUGGAAAUGUAUAAGUUUGGACAGCUUUGGAAUUUGAAUGAAGUUUGUGCAUCCCAUAUUCCCAUUCAAUAAUAUUGUGCAAGUUUAUGAUUGAUCA